UUAUUUGGUUGUUGUUGUUUUUUUUUUGUUGGUGUUGUCGCAUCGCAAUUAGUAGCGAGUUUUGCAUUCUAAAACAAAGUCAGUGACUUUCUUAUUUUGUGCUGGUUACAACAAUUUCAAUGCAUUUGUAAACGAAUCAUCAACACGAAUCUUCAGCAUAUAAUUCAGCAGCAUCUGCAAACAAAGAAACUCUACACUCACACUUAAACACACACACACACACAAAGGGCAGGUAAACACGAGAGUCGAGAGAAUCACAUACAACGAAAGUGUGUGCGUGUGUGUGUGUGUGGAGACAAUAGAAGUCUUCUAAAUCACAAAAACAAAAAUAUGGGUCGCAUCUUUCUGGAGCACCUCGGUGGGCUGAAGCUCUUCAAUUGCGCCCAGUGUCAAACGAAUUUGACCAAUCGCAGCCAAUUGAUCAGCACUCGCUUCACAGGCGCAACGGGUCGCGCUUACCUUUUUAAGCGUGUGGUCAACCUCACGUUUAGCGCCAUCCAGGAGCGAGUUAUGCUAACGGGUCGCCACAUGGUGCGCGAUGUCAUGUGCAAGAACUGCGGCGCCAAGCUGGGUUGGAUGUAUGAGUUCGCCACCGAGGAGACGCAAAAAUAUAAGGAAGGUCGUGUCAUCUUGGAGUAUGCCUUGAUCCAUGAAGCAGAAGGAUUUCCAUCAGAAGCUGGCGGCGCUAGCCACUGAACCAAAAAAAAAGGAUUUGCCUUUCCAGCUGCUGUGUGUGCAGCCCUUGUGCUUGUUCAGCCCUUGUGCGUUUUGUAGCCCUUAAGUAUUUUCGAGACUAGCAAAAGCCGCAGGUGCUGGCUUCUCUAUAGGUUUAACAACAACAAAAGC